GCGGCGGAAGUGCUGAGCGUCACGGGACAGACCGGGCUCCGCCGCCGCUGCCGCCGCCAUGUUGCUCUCCUGCUUCCCGGAGCUCUAUUUUAACGUGGACAGCGGCUACCUGGAGGGCCUGGUGCGCGGCUUCAAGGCCGGGGUGCUCAGCCAGGCCGACUACGUCAACCUGGUCCAGUGCGAGAGCCUGGAAGAUUUGAAACUUCAUCUCCAGAGUACAGACUAUGGGAACUUCCUGGCAAAUGAGGCCUCUCCUCUCACCGUCUCUGUCAUUGAUGACAAACUGAAGGAGAAGAUGGUUGUGGAGUUCCGCCACAUGCGGAAUCACGCUUACGAGCCUUUGGCCAGCUUCCUGGAUUUCAUCACCUACAGCUACAUGAUUGAUAAUGUCAUUCUGCUGAUUACUGGGACGCUCCAUCAACGCUCCAUCGCAGAACUGGUACCCAAAUGCCAUCCCUUGGGUAGCUUUGAGCAGAUGGAGGCUGUGAAUAUUGCCCAAACACCAGCUGAGCUAUACAAUGCCAUCCUGGUGGACACGCCUCUUGCUGCCUUUUUCCAGGAUUGCAUAUCUGAGCAGGAUCUGGAUGAGAUGAACAUAGAAAUUAUACGAAAUACUUUGUAUAAGGCUUACCUGGAGUCCUUCUACAAGUUCUGCAAGAGCCUGGGAGGCACAACAGCAGACGCCAUGUGCCCAAUUUUGGAGUUUGAAGCGGAUCGCAGAGCCUUCAUCAUCACCAUCAAUUCCUUUGGCACCGAGUUGUCCAAGGAGGACCGCGCCAAGCUCUUCCCCCACUGCGGCAAACUCCAUCCCGAGGGCCUGGCUCAGCUCGCCAGGGCAGAUGACUACGAGCAAGUCAAAACCGUGGCCAAUUACUACCCGGAAUAUAAAUCGCUCUUUGAAGGAGCAGGUAGCAACCCUGGCGACAAAACCCUCGAGGACCGGUUCUUUGAGCACGAGGUGAAGCUGAACAAGCUGGCCUUCCUGAACCAGUUCCAUUUUGGUGUGUUUUAUGCUUUUGUGAAACUGAAGGAGCAAGAAUGCCGCAACAUUGUGUGGAUCGCGGAAUGCAUUGCCCAGCGCCACCGAGCAAAGAUUGACAACUACAUUCCCAUCUUCUGAGUGUUUCCCUUUGUCUGGCAAAGCCUGUAGAUGUCCCGGAGGGCUUCUUCAGCCCCCGCCUGGGGAAGCUGAGGCAGGAGGGUCUCUACACGCAUCCCCUUUCCUGUUGGACUUCUUGUGUUUGCCAGAAUCGGACAGGCUAAAUUGUGCUGUGUCUGUACCAAUUCAUCGUGCUGUUGAGAAGGCAUCUUGCUGGGCGCAUCCUCGGCCAUCCUGGUGGCCCCAUGUGGGAUGCACUCUUGGCAUCUGCUUCCUGUUGCCACCAUCUUGCUCCAAGACAGGUGCUUUUCAGACUAGGCCAGCGUAGCUCUUCUGAGGCACCCUGGAAGCAGCUGCUUAGCCAGUGAUCUAGUGAUACUAGAAUGGCAUCCCUCCCACCCCUCCCCUUAUGGGCCUGCCUGCUUCUCCCCGCUUGGCCUCUGGGUUCCUGAGCAGGCUCAGCAUUGACUUUGCUGGGCUCCAGAUGGAGAAGGCUCCCUCCUUAAGCAGCCCCUCCAGGCCCACCUCUCCUCCUGCCAGGAGGGCCAGGGGCAGCUGUUUCCAAGGGCCCUGGAGGCCUGGGCGCCGUUGUGGCCGAGACAGAGGCUGUCCCUGCCCGGCUGGUUCUGAGCUCUUCCCACUCCUUGUCUUGGCCACUCAAGGCCUGGCUGAGCACCUGCAUCACCCUCUGUUCAUCGGAAGAGGUGAGGCUGGUGCUGUUGACCUCCUCAGCAGCUUUUCUCCCACCAGCGGGAAUCGAAAAAGCUUCCCUCUGAACUGGCCCAAAGCUCUUGUUGAAAGUCCCAUGUUUUGAUGGAGAGCCAUGCAGUUUGGCUCCUGGAGAAUUGGGGAGGGGGGUGUCCUUGUUGCUAAGCCUCCUACACUUGAGCAGCAAAAAACGAUAGACGCCCACCCAUUUGCACUCCUCUUCAGAAAAUGGGCUUGGCCUGCCCCCUCCGGCUUCCCAAGACCCAGCUCUCCUCCCCCUUGGAUGCGGCCACCGGUCCUUUUCCUGGCUUUUGUGGGUGAGAGGAGUCAGUCCAGUCAGCCUCCGUUUGUGCUCAGUGAUUGUGCUGUUCCCAGUGUUUGACUUGUGUGUAUCUUCCUUUUAAACCAUGGCAAUGAACCACUGAAUCGCUG